CCCGCCCCAGCACUCCCUCUCUCUUCUCCACUAUGGACAGAGCCAUCGUGGAGCAGCUGCCUGGCCGCCACAGACCCCGCUGACAUGGGCACCGUCAGAGCCACACAGCUGUGCUGGGCCAUCCUCGGCAUCCUCCUACUCCAAGGCCACCACUCCCAGCCCAGGGCAAUCCAGACAUCUCACCCUCAGGGAAACUUUAGCAACCCAAGUCGGACCACAGAGCCACUUUCUUCCAACAUAGGAAAGAGUCUUUCCUCAGAUUCCAGCAGCCCAAGCUCUCUAGCCAGCACUAGGACCCAAGCAGCUCAGGACAAGGCCUCACAGGUCCUCAUGGUGACCAGUAAGCCUGUGACACCAAGCACCAGCACCGUGGACGGUCAGUCCCAGGCACAGACGUCCACAGCAGGACUUGACACUACUCCCAUAUCAACCACCAUGAGCCUGAGGACCAAAGAAGACUUGUCCGUCCUGCCCAGUCCCACAUCAGAGACGGUGCUCACUGUGGCUGCAUUUGGUGUUAUCAGCUUCAUUGUCAUCCUGGUGGUUGUGGUGAUCGUCUUAGUCAGUGUGGUCAGUCUAAGGUUUAAGUGUCGGAAGAACAAAGAGUCUGAAGAUCCCCAGAAGCCUGGGAGUUCGGGGAUAUCUGAAAGCUGCUCCACAGCCAAUGGAGAGAAAGACAGCAUCACCCUGAUCUCCAUGAAGAAUAUCAACAUGAAUAACAGCAAAGGAUAUCCCACAGCAGAGAAGGUUCUUUAGAAGCAAUGUCGGGUCCCCAUGGGUCCAAGGAUGAUCAAGCUGCCCCGUGACUAUAAAGAGGAAGGUGAUGGGAGUACUAGAGGCAUGAAUCACAUAUAAAUUAUUUUAUUAUUUCACACUUACUCCAAGAUCUAAAGGACACCAGCACUCCUCCGGAUCUAGGAGUAAGCUGCCAGGAUGAGAGACUCUUUCCCAUAUGGGCAGCCACUCUGGAAAUACAGCCUGCUCCUCCCACCCACUCACCGUCAAAGGAAGGGGGAGUCUGGAGGGCAAGGGCAAGGGCAAGGAAAAUGACAAAGUGGAGAGGCCCUUGCUACUUUGCAUUAAAAUUAUUUUCUGGCCAA